AUCCCUAAAUUAAGACAAACGCAAGCACAAGAGAAGCAAAAUCUCUCUGUCUCUUCUCUGAAUCCAAAACAGAGAUUUUCAAUCUGUCAAAGCUCGCAAUGAACCAAACUUACAGAGAGAUUGACUCGUCUUCUUCGAUUUUUCUCAUCUCCUAUUACGACAAAGUACCUAAUCUACCUUCUCCACCCACCCGCCGUUGUGGAGACGGAGAGACACGGCGGAGUUGGAGUGGGUGAGGAAGAAGAAGAAGACGAAGAGAAAGUGUUGAUUUCAAGCGAGAGAAGAAACUGAGGAUUCAUAGAUGUUAUACUCUAUCAAAAAUCGCAGAUUUGCAUAUGGAAGACUUCUUCUUCUUUGUCACGAUUCAUGAUCACGCGCCGUCGGAUUUCUGAUGCAAAUUUGUGCUUCGAUCGCUCAAUUCCUCGCUUGGGUUUCAUUCCUUGUACUAUUAGCGACGGUGGGCUCUUCUUCUUCUACGAAAUCUCUCCUCAAUUGUCAUCCUUUAGAUCAACUCCUUGUAAACCCUAGUCGUCAGCUUGAUUUCCUCAGAGCAAUGUCUUCCGUCAAUGAUUACAUUACCGAAGACAAGCUCUGGGUCGUUUCUUCCAUCACCGAUCUAUCUCCACCCAUCUAUGUGUUUCUACAGUGCCGAGAAGAUCUCUCUGUUUCCGAUUGUCGACACUGCUUCAACGAGAGCAGAUUGGAGCUCGAGAGAAAAUGUUCGGGUUCCGGUGGUCGAAUUCAUAGUGAUGGAUGCUUCUUACGGUUUGAUGAUCGAGAUUUCUCAGAGGAGUUUGUUGAUCCUAGAUUCGAUAGAGCCAAAUGUGAGGAAACAGAGCCAGGGUUUGGAGAUUUUUGGAAAUAUCUUGAUGAGGCUUUGGUUAAUGUAACCUUAAAGGCUGUUAAAAAUGGAGGGUUUGGUGCAGCUGCUGUGACUAGAGCCGAGGCUGUGUAUGCAUUGGCUCAGUGUUGGCAAACACUUGAUGAGAACUCGUGUCGAGAGUGUUUGGUUAAUGCUAGAUCGAGCUUGAGAGCUUGUGGUGGACAUGAAGCUAGCGCUUUCUUUACAGGGUGUUACUUGAAGUAUUCUACACACAAGUUCUUUGAUGAUGCUGCAGAACAUAAACCUGACGAUGAUCAGAGAAACUUUAUAAGGUCAUCGCUUUUUCCACAUUUGAGUGAUCAUGAUAUUACGAAAUUAGCAAUAGCUGCGAUUUCGUUGUCUUUUCUUACUUCUCUUGGUGCCUUUAUCAGUUACAGACGGGUUUCAAGGAAAAGGAAAGCUCAAGUUCCAUCGUGUUCAAAUUUCAAAUACGAGACGCUUGAGAAGGCGACCGAGUCUUUCCAUGACUCUUUGAAACUAGGCCAAGGAGGGGCCGGUUCUGUAUACAAAGGGAUUCUUCCAGAUGGCAGAAUCGUUGCAGUCAAAAAGCUCUUCUUCAACACACGUGAAUGGGCGGAUCAAUUCUUCAACGAAGUGAAUUUGAUCAGCGGAGUUCAACACAAGAACCUUGUGAGACUACUUGGUUGCAGCAUUGAAGGUCCCAAAAGUCUUCUUGUCUAUGAAUAUGUUCAUAAUAGAAGCCUUGAUCAAAUCCUUUUCAUGAAGAAUACAGUCCAUAUUUUGAGCUGGAAGCAACGGUUUAACAUCAUUAUAGGAAUUUCAGAAGGUCUAGAAUACCUUCACAGAGGAUCUGAAGUAAAAAUCAUCCAUAGAGAUAUCAAAACCAGCAAUAUUCUCCUUGAUCGAAACCUAAGUCCCAAAAUAGCAGAUUUUGGACUCAUACGUUCAAUGGGCACUGACAAAACGCAAACUAAUACUGGAAUUGCUGGAACACUUGGUUAUUUGGCUCCUGAAUAUCUUAUCAAAGGCCAAUUAACAGAGAAAGCUGAUGUCUACGCAUUCGGAGUUCUUAUAAUCGAGAUAGCUACUGGAAAGAAAAACAACGCAUUCACGCAAGGCACUAGCUCGGUUUUAUACUCUGUAUGGGAGCAUUUUAAAGCAAACACUUUAGAUCGCUCGAUUGAUCCUCGGUUGAAAGGGAGUUUCUCAGAGGAAGAGGCCUUGAAGGUUCUCCAAAUCGGAUUGUUGUGUGUUCAAUCUUCAGUAGAAUUAAGACCGUCAAUGUCUGAGAUAGUCUUCAUGUUAAAGAACAAAGAUAGUAAAUUUGAAUGUCCGAAACAGCCUCCGUUCUUGAGUGCCAGUGUUCUAAUGCCAGAUGAGGAGACUAGAGUCUGAUAUUAUCAGUUUCUUAGGAUUUAUAUUGUUCUUCUGUAAAUGCUCAAAGAGGGAUUUUACACCACUCUUUCUCCUUUUCAAAUCUUUUAUCUGUUCAUAUUUUAUUAUGAAGGUCAACAAAAAUGGAACCAAGGCUAGAUUCUAAAAGUUUUGAUUCGCUUA